GCAUGUGUAUAUACGGCGUGUGCUUGACAGACUGCCCUGUCCCUCUCUCUGGACUUCACGCUCAGAGCGCCCACCGGCACCUCCUCGCCCGGCACCGCCAUGCGGAGCACCACCACUUUGACCAUCCUUGUCCUGGCGGCCGCUACCUGGACUGUCUCUGCAUCUGCCAUAGGGAAGGAGGUGGACUGCUCCAAAUACACAAGAGAAGGCUCCAAGAUCAAAUGCACAAAGGAGCUGAAACCCAUCUGUGGCACAGAUCAGAGAACUUAUAGUAAUGAAUGUGUAUUUUGCAUGCUAAACCAAGACAAAGGACUUCAAGUCAGAAAACUUCAUGAUGGUAAAUGUAUUGAGUGCACCACAUACUCUAACAUAUGUACCAUGGAAUACAUGCCUUUCUGUGGAUCUGAUGGACGCGAAUAUCCCAACAAAUGUUUGUUUUGCAACGCUGUUGUGAAGAGUGGUGGUACCCUUUUUUUGGCAAAUUACGGACAGUGCUGAGUCACCCUGAGGCUGCAGGACCCACGCUCCCUCCGGGAGAUUCCACGCACAGAACCGGUUUCUCCAGGUUGGCUGAGGUGGCGAAUAUGUGGACCUGACUCUUCAAUAAAAGAUUCUCAGCAGAAAACUGUCA